AAAGAAAUCCCCCGCCUAGCAUCUAGGAAUAGCAAAGACCGGCUCCUUCGUUCCCGCAAGGGCGACAUCCGUUGUCGACGAGGAUUCCUAUCACAUUCACAACACUUUCUUACCUCUACUCAGAAAAAAAAAAGACAAACCCAGCCAACAUGUCGCUCGACAAGCAAAAGGGUGUUAUUUACCUGAACAAGACCCACGAUCAGUUCGCAAACCUCCUCCCCGACACGGGCCCGGCACAGAUUCUUAAGAACAACCGCCCACCCGGGGGCAAUCUCCAACUAGAAUACGACUUGAGCCCCAAGCACUACCGCAGUUGGAACCAUCUCGGGUUUAACUUGCAAGAACGGGUGUUCCACCGGUAUAAACACGGCGGGGAUGGGACGAGGAAACAAAUUUACCACCAGAACGCGAGUACAACCCCGGGGGAGCGGCCGACGGAUUUGCGAAUCGUGGAGAACAGUGGGAUCCCGUUACCCAUGUCCUACCACAUGCUCCCUGGCAGUAGGAAUCGACGGAAUUAUGCCGGGAUUAAUAUGCGGAGGAGCUCGGUCGAUCAGAAUGCAGCGCAGCAGCAUGGCGGAACAGAAUUACCCCAUCCCCCGUCUUUCGGUAUGGAAAACAAGGGCCUGAGCAAUGAUCUCCCAGACGGCGUGACUCUCGAAGCCGUUUCCACGCCGAGGAAAUUCACCAUGCAGAAUCUGCAACAGUUAGGCAAAGUCCCCGGCCACCAGGGUUUCGACGCAGACCCGAAGUCGCAUGAAUCCAUGCACGCGGUCGCAGGUCAGGUUGCUGGGGGUGCAGCAACGACAACAUAUCCGGCCACUUCUCCAUCUCCAACUUCAGAUACUAGAAACAAGGAGAAGGAGCCGGAUAGCGAGCAACUCACCGUGGAGGGGUAUGACCUGCUCAAACGUAACAAUCUCAAACGUUAUAAUAGGGUUUCGGUUUUGUAUUUCAUGAUGAGCAUGACAGACUCGGAGAGCAUUCGACUUUCUGCAAUACAAAUUUCGCCACAUCAUCGUGUUGCGGAUUGGGGCUCCAGAACUUGUCAUGCGCAAUUCUAUGACAGUUUGCUAGAUAAUGCACUUAUUGCAGCACAAAUUCGAAUUCCAGACUCUAUUGCAACGUUUGAGAUUGUAACACCUGAGCAAGUUAUAAGGGGUACUACAAAUUUUUGGACAUCAGCAAGAAAACGGUAUUCGGCUUCAAACCUACGCUUCUCGUAAAAGACCGCCACCUCGGCAAAGUCCAGCAGCGCAAGGGGUUUCUGUGGACGCAUUUGUACCCGGUGCCGGCUGAUGGGGGGGUGUUGAACAUCCCGGCGGUUGGGAAACUCCUGGCAGCUCAACCUCCGGCGGUUGGUGGCGCAGGUCACCAGGGUCAGACAGUCGCCGGUGGAGCAACUACAGCCACAACUCCAGACUACAACUUUUUUCCACCUUUGUUUGGCAGAGCCCCCGACGGUGGUGGCGGCUUUUCCGCACCGACGACUCGUACCAAUACGAAGAUCGUUCCACCGCCCCCUAUCUACGACGGAGACAUUAGCGAGGCUUCGCUGCAACAUCGCGUGCAGCAUUGGGAGCACAGGAUCAGCAGGAUCUCCGCCGCUAAUGCGGAUACGCGUAUUUCUCCAAGAGCUUCUGUCGCGAUGAAAGCACUUGCACGCAUGAGUAAUAAAGGUGGAAAUACUAAACCGCGAGCGUCCGCUGCGAAUGCGGCAAAUUUGUCCAGUUCCGCCGCGGGGUUGAAUGCGUCGCUUGCGGUGUUUAAAAGCGGGGGAACUACAAGUACAACUGGAACUACCGGCGCGGGUUCGCGAAGCCUCAGCCCGGAGGAUUACAUAAAGUAUGCAUUGCAAAAGUGUCGUAUUCGUAUAAAUGCAUUACAAAUCCCCUGAGCAUGAGAAAUGAAAUUUGUAAUGCGGAUUUACCUUAAGAAGAAGAUUUGUAUUGCAUGACUGCAGUACGAGUGCGAUACUUUUGCACAGGAUAUAAAGCAGCUUGCGACAAACUCGUAUAGCAGUGCAACACCUCCGAAGCCUGUGCCUGCUGGUGGUCCAAGAACAAGCGCUGCGAACGCUAGCGGUAGGAGCCGGUUUGUUGGCGCCGCCGCAAUAAAUUCUAGUGCAGGAGUAAUAGGAACUACUUCAAGUGGAGUGCACGUGCCACCAGGUCGUGCUGUUGCUGCCAAACCUGACACAGUUUUGGCGUCGAAAGUAGAAAAAGUACAGCCCUACACUAACUUCUACGGGGUGCCAAGCCCGCCGAGGAAAACAAGUUCCCCACGAGAAGGAGGACCACGACCCGACGUGCAUUUCAGUAAUAUCACCCCCUCAGGGCCAAAGGAGGUGAACAUCUUCACGCCGAGGAGGCAAUCCCAGUCCGCGCCACCGGCUUCUUCGGAAAACAAAAUCUCCUCCCGCGGGCAUUCCGUCGAGAGAAAACUUGUACAUCAGCACACGUCAGACAAGGUCGAUUUUUUCGCCGCAUUGGAUUCUCACAGCGAUUUGUUGCGGCAGAGGCUGACCAAGAAGAGCGGGAACUUCAUCUCACACGAGCCGGUGAAGAUGAAUUCUAGUACAUUUUCAAGCAAAAAUCUAUCAUCAUCCAACGCAGCUGGAGCAAACAACUCGUCGGCAACGGCACUAUCCUCCAACAAAUUCGCACACGCAGUCCCGAAAUCGCAGAACAGAUCUGGCGGCGCUGGGGGUGCGAGGCCGAGGGCGAGCGCCGCAGGUGCUGUUGACAAUUACGCUGCGGGCGCGAAGGAAAUAAACAAGUACGCACAGCUGACGUCGCAACAGCAGCCGGGACAAGAAAUAGCUCCGCAGAAGCAGCCGAAAUUGAAUCGGACGGGAACCAACAUAGCAUCUGUAGAUCCAGAACCUACUAGCACAACUACAUCGGGAACGAUGAAGCAGCAGCCGAAACUACAAGAUGAAACCGCACCAAGCAAGGCGGGCAUCAAAAAACCGGAGCUGCACCGUACGGGAACCGACAUUGCAUCCGUUCCAGGAACAACUACAGGAACGAAGCCGAACCAACAGUUGAAAGCGAAGCCCGCGCUGAACCGCACAGGUACCGACAUCGCAACUGUUCCAGGAACAAGUACUAAACCAGGAACAACAGGAGCAAAGCCGAAACAAGCAGCCAAAAGUACUGCAGCAGCAAGUCUAAGUGCUUCUAGAGAGCUCUCGCCCUCCACUCCUUUCGCGGCCGACAUUGGAGAGCAGGUCAGCUCCCCGGCGACCUCGGCUUUUCCAUCGGCGAGAACAACGGCAGAUAGUGUCGUUCCUCCUCCUGCUGCUUCUUCUUCCCCAGCUGACCAGGUGGUAGAAGAGGAUGCUAUAAUUCCACCAGCCGGAACGAGCGAAACUGCGGAAGAGCGGCACAGCAGGAUCAUGAGAAAAGUGAAAAACGCUUUCAAACUGAUCCAAGUUUUAAUCCACCAAAAUCAUCACGGACCACCUGCGACGGGGAACAAUAAUUUACAAAGACAGAAUAGUCCGAGUAUGAUGUCGCUAACCGGGAAUGUGUAUCCUGUGCAAAAGUAUCGUACCCGUAUUCAUUGCAGUCAUGCAUUACAAAUCCUGUUCUUAAGGUAAUUCCGCAUUACAAAUUUUGUUUCUCUUGCUGAGGCAAUUUGUAAUGCAUUUUCAUUUAUACGCGCGCGAUACUUUCGCACAGCAUAAUGUGGAUCUGAAGGAAAACCGGGCCUUGGAAGCCAUGUUUGCGGGAGACUUCGGGAAGCAAAAAAUAAUCCCGGACGCCGACGCGCCCACCGCACACAUGAUCGUCGAUCGUGAGCAAGAGGAUGAGGCGGAGUUGCUGUAUUUAAUGAAAAAAGCGGUGGAUGCGAGUAAGGCAGUGGUGAUCCAGGGGGACGCGAACCCGAUGAGUUUAUCUAGUUUCAACAGCAUUUUGUCGAGCCAAAUGCACAGCUCCGUGCGGGAGGCGGGGGACAGCAUCACCGGCAGUAUCCCGGUGUCGAAAAUGAGCAUUUUGCAAAGCGUAAGCGCAGCACAGAACGCAUGGAGUACGAACGCAUCGAAUACGAACGCAUCGAAUACGAACGCGUCUGCAGGCGGGGCCUCUGCAAGUGCGGCGAGAAAGAGUGCAGACGAUGAGAAAACUUCCAAUGCGUCGAAAGCAGCUCCGGAAACGCUGCAGCAGCGCGCUACCCGGCAAAACGAGGAACUGGCUAGGAAGGAGAAGGAGUCAGAGUACUAUAACUACAAACCGGUAAUUAUGGGAGUGUCAGAAUCGAAAUCGACAAAGUCGAAAAACUUGUGAUGCAUAAAAUGUAGAGCACUGAAGGCCUGUAUUGCUGAGCAGGCAAAUGAGACCCAUUGCAAGCCUCUUUAGGGGAAGGCGAUGUGCUGCCAGAGUAGCAUGACAGGCGCAGUCUUCUUUGCCGAAACAGCAUGACACGCUGGAUUUUAGGGCUCCCGAAAUUUGUCAUGCGCCACUUGGAAACUGAGGCUCCAACUGGUAGCGUUAGCGAUUUCAUGCAUCACAAAUUUUUCGAUUUUGUCAAUUUCGAUUCUGACACUUCUAUAGCAAUAUCCUCUUCGAACACCUAUCGGCGGGAGAACAGCCCGCCGUCUUCCCAAAGCAGUGACCCCAGGAACGCUCUUUCCAUGAAAAAGAUGAAGUGGCAAAGGACGCUGGAUGCGAAUGGUACCAGAUCCUGGGCGAAGGCGGAGGGCGAAACUAUGGAAUGCAAAUAUGUCUGGGUCUGGAAAAAUGCAGGUCUGUCAUGCUUGGCCGACAAGACAGAACAGUCUGUCAUGCUUGGUGCGCUACAGUGCCACGACUUGUUUGUCACGCAAAAAGGCCAUUUGUCAUGCGGUUUACGCUAGACAUAGCCACUCAGAAACUUCUCAUGCGCGGCCCCCUAUAAUACGGGUGCUAUAUCAUUCGGACAUUAGCAUCACAACUUUUCAGACCCAGACAUAUUUCCAUUUGAUAGAAACUGCGAACCAUCAAUUCAGUUUGGACGAGGCGAUUUCGAUUAGCCAAGCCCGGGAGUUGAUGCUCGCGAAAGCCGGGAAUAAGAACAUCAGGGCUCAGGGGGUGGCGAAUGACACUUUUUUCGAACAAUUUUACGCCUUCCGAGCGGAUCAAGUACACGGGAUUGUGGGGAAAAAGGAUAGGAUUUUGUCGAAAAACAUGAAGAUGAACUCCGACUUGUUCGGCGGCAUCGGAAAUGAGGAGGUUUUAGAUAACACGGCUCCUACUACACCGAAUUUGUCAUCGAGGUUGGGGAGUGCGAGCGAAGAUAGGGGGGAAAUCAACGCUGGGAACGACGAGGAGGAAACAGCACCUCCUGUGUUGCGCUCUUUCGACAAUCGGUCGGCUUGGGAUGCCAACCCCAACGCGUCGAAAUUCGCAGAAGUCGUCGACGUUGUGUUGCCAAGCGGAAAAGGCGCUGCAGCCGCGGCAGAGAUCGACUACAGGCCAGGGAGGAAAUCGAAAAUAACCGGCAGUAAAGGUGAUGCUGCCAUUAUUAAUGACUUCCCUGUUGUUGACAUCCACAAGGAUCAGCAGUUUAUCAACGACAUUCUCAUCCGCCCGAGCACAGAGAGGACUGGUGCUGGAGGGAAGAUGUUGAAAAGCAAACAACUUGCAGAAGACGAACAAUACCCACCUUCCUCCGCCGGAGCUUUAACGUUCGCAGGAUCAUCGGGAUACAGUACUAUCCCAGGCAGCAAUUACGCAAGUGGCGGUUUCUCGAAAAGCGGACAACAACUUUCCAGCACAGCAACUACUAUGCAAUCCUCGAUCCAAUCAAAUACGAAGAGAAACAAACGCGACCGGCAGUACGCGGAGAGAAGUAUGGCUUUGGUGGACAAAAUCCGGGAGAGGUACGAUUAUCAGGAAAGCGACCAAGUCGGCAGUUUCUCCACCGGGAAUAGAAACGUCGGGAGGACAAGACAGAGGGGGGAAACCAGGGGAAGGGGGGCGGCGAGGUUGAGGAUGGAAGGGGAAGCAGCUCCACCACCUGAGACUACAACUGCCGGUGUUGAUAGUGGUCCACAGAGAACAAAAACUACAUCUUCCCGAACUACACAUCAUCACAAUAGACACCGAACCUCCUUCAAAAUGCCGUUACUAGGUUCCCAAAUCGAGGACAUCGAGUUAGGUUCUGAUGACCACCCGGAGGCCGCUCCGAAACCGGCGAAACCGAGCUACGCACCGGAACCGUUUGAGAAAGUGGAAGAGCAUUUUUUGAAGGAUUUGUAUGGAGACGAGGAGGACGCGAUUGCGCAUGAGGAUGAUCCGAAAGAGGCGUUUUUGGCGGAGUUGAUCGAUCAUUCGGCUGGGGUGAUUUCCGCGACUUCGAAAAAGGAAAAGAAGGAAAGAAUGGUCGCGAUGAUACAGAAAAUCAAAACGGAAAAGGGGCUGUAAAGUGGUGCUGCUCUUUUUAAAGUGCAAAGGAGAAUCGUCAAAGAAGCGCUCUGGUGCUUCUAUCCAGUACUUUGCUUUCGCUAAAGCAAUUCAGAAAAAGCUCUUCAAUAUUUUAUGUCGUGCCUAUUUUUCAUUUCCACAUGCUUAUCUACUGUGUAAACGAACUAGAAUUAUACUGUGUGAAAACAAUUUUUCCCUCUAGUCUGCGGAAUUGAAUUGACUACUUCAACCUUCGCUGCCGUGCGUAUGUUCUUGCACCGG